UUCACCUGCCUACUGCGUGUUAAUUAAAUGUUGAUGUCUGUGCUACCUAAGCAGUAGUUUAGUUCCUGAUGCAUUGAUUUGUGAUCAUAUCUAGAGAUGAUGUGGGCAGAAGGAAGUAGGAGUUAGAAAAAAUGAAGUUGUACAAUAGCCACCUGUGGAGUAUAGAACUAGAAGGAAGAAAGCCCUGCAAGAGCAGAUGGUAGCUAAAUACACAAUGGGAGGGCAAAAAACAGUUUCACUCAUAUAAGCUUAGAGUAAUAAUUAUAGUGCUAAAAAUUGGUUGUCUUAGUUUGUGGGCUUUAGCAUAAUUAUGUGGAAAUUAUGAGACUGAAAUCCCUUCUCAAAAAUAGACUUUAGACCCUGUUUUUGAACUUGUUGUGUUUUUUCUGCUAUUCAUAAGUGUCAUUUGGAUGACUAGUUUGUACCACCUAAUAUUCAUUAUAUUGGCUUUAAUAUAGCAUGGGUGCACUGUGCAUGUAUGUUCUUUCAAUUACUUCAACCUGUCAUUUUAUGCACAAUUUGACAAAUUGCUGUUACUCAGGCUUCAUGCUUGUAUUUACAAGGAGUCAUUGUUGAACUAGAUUUUAAUGUUGAAAAGCCAAUAACAUUACUUCACACUUCAUCAACAUUAGUAUAUUAAGAUUAAAUUCACUUGUGGGUUCAAAAAUAAUUUUUUCUGUUACCAUGUGAAGCUGUGUUCAGGUGCAAACCUUACUGCUCUCUUGCUGCAGAGGAAAAUUUGCAGUGAAUAAAAUAUGAGAGCUGCCUAAGCUUGUUAGUGUUUCCUGUGCUUUUUUCCUACAGUUUUCAAAAAGUAAUGGAUUUUAUUGUUUAAGUGUGAACCAGUUUAAGAAAUGCUGAUCCAAGUUACACAGUAUCCCACCCAGCCUUUCUUAUGGUUUUCCCCAAAUGGUACCACUUAAUUUUGGCACGUAAUUUUGUGUCUUGUUCUCAGCAGAUACUUCUUUCAGAUACUUCAACAAUAUGUAGUAUUAAUGAAAUAAUGGCUCUAAAUUACAUUGCAAAUUACUGCAAGCCUUUGGGUGCAGUACUGACGAAGUGUAAAACAGAACUUUCUCUAGAUUUCCUAGUGCGGAAUGGAAGGAGCCAUGAUCUGGAUUAGGGCUUUUUCCUCCCAUUUUGGGCAUGAGAUUCAACUAUCAGAAGAGUCCUCAGUGUGCUCAGAACCACAGUAAAGCUAGGGUCCAAACAAAAAUAUUGUGAAUAUUCAUAAGGUAUUUUCAGUGCAAGUCCGCAGAGACAUUCAGCCACUUACUGGUCAUCAGCUUUCUUUUAUCUGGUUGCUGCUUUAGUGAUUCCUCUAAUUUUUGAUGGUGCCUGAUAUACUGUACUUACACUUCAUUAAUUCCUUCAAAACGUGUUUUUCAAAACGUGUCACUUCUGACAUUUUGCAAAAAGAGAGCUCUAUGAACAUUUGCGUUUUAAAAUGUUUUUUAAAAUUUGUCUUACUUCUUGUCUGUAUAAAGGUUUGUUCCAUACGGCACACCUUGGAAGAAUUUUUGUUUUGUUGGUUUUUUUGUUUUUUUUUUUUUUUACACAUAUAGGUUUCAAUAUAAAGAGACUAUUGGUAGUGAAGUUUAGGUAGAGGAUAAUUUUCUGUUUGAAGUCACUUUCCAUUUUGGCCAGUCUCUGAUUUUCUCCUUAUCUGACUCUACUGAUAAUUUUUUUCCAUUACUCUUACUGUUCCAUCCUCCACAUCCAGGAUACUUCACCAACUGUGAACUAUACGGUGUUUGCCUUUUUAGUAAAUGACAUGACAUUUUAUUUUAUUUCUCUCUAUGUCAACAAUUAUGUUAAAUACUGUGAAAAAAUAUAAGUGUGUAAAUAAAUAUUCAGAUAUGUAGAAUUAGUGUUCCUAUUGAUCUGUUGAUCUCAGCAAAAAAGAAACAAAUGCAGUCCUUAUUCUGUGUUGUAACUGAUACAGGCUUUUUCUAAAAUGGCCCAUGGACCAAUUACACUUACUGUUUUCUUAUUUUAGGCUAGAUGUUUGGAAGAAAGCUGCUUCAAAAGCAUGUCCCUGUCUAUUCUGCUUCCCUUUCUCAUGUGCGUCCUGCAUUUCAGAUUGGAUUAUAUAGACAAAGAUAUUUGUGUUACAUUUUACCCCUUAUGUGAACUCAUGCUUCCUGUGUGAGGUCACUGUAGCUGAAGGGACUUGAUGUUCCUGCUGUUACACCUCUUUUUUGGUUAUGGCUACUGUUGGGCUUUGUCAUUGUUCUUUUGCUGAGCAGAAGGUCUUAUUGCAGUAAAAUCAUGGGGUGUUAGUUGUGUUGCUAUUUAUAGGCUUAAUCUCCCCUUUCCUCCUUUGAUGAUGUGACUGAGCUUUGCAAAUAUUUCUUCCCUGUGAUGAAUAAACUGAGGGUGUAAUCUCUGGUCCUUAACCAAGAGGGAUAUUUAUCACCCUUGUAGUGUUUUUCUGCACAGGAGACACUGCAGGAAACAAAAGCUGUUUGUGGAAGGUGUGGCUCUCAGAACCAGAUGCCAUCUCAUAGUCCUCUGCGGAUAAAUUCGCUUUAAAAAGGGUGUCGUAAAGUAACAAUUAACAAAGUCAGGUCAAAAAUACAAGUACACAGCAGCUUAGUGCCACAUCAUGCUAGUCUCAUGUCCUAAGAUUUCAUAGGUUUCUUUGGGAUUGCUGGCAGGUUGUGCCUUGCCAGAGGGCAGGAGACACUGGGCUCUUCCCUCCAGAGUGUGUGUCUUUUCCCCUUGGCCAGACCCCUGGGUUGUGUGUGCAUGUGGCAGCAGCUUGGCUCUGUAGACAGAGAGCAGUGUAAGUGUUGCUGCCAGUUUAAUGAAGCAUUUCAGGUUCUGGCUGAAAGAUAAGGAGUUACAGGUAAUGCAAUAGUGCUGUUACAAAUAGUUGUGCUUUAUUCUAAAAGUUAUACCUAACUAGAGAUAAAACUCUUUUAAGCUCUCCUAGAUAAAUCAGUAGAUUUAAAAAACCAAACAAACCCCCACCCCUCCAAAAAAAACAAGACCAAAAAAAAACCCAAAACAAGCCCCAAACAAAACCCAGCAGUUACGGUCUAAGAUAGUUCUUGGUUUUCUAGAAACAAAUCACUGAGAUUUCCUUUCCAACAAUACUUCUGAAGCACAGAUAAAAUGGCUUCCUGUCCCAGAGUUUCCUGUAUCCAUGGCAACCUGACUUCAGGCACUUCUUUCUUGGUUUCCUGAGCAAACUGUUGCUAACCCUGGAGCAAAAAUGUGAGGUCUGUAGUACACGGCAAUACUGCCUUCACGAAGGUUUCACAGAUGAUUGUAGUUGGUCAGCUUAUAACAUAGUCCAGUGGACUGCAGACUGCAAAAUAACGGAAAUCAUGAACUUCAGAUUUGGGUGAAGUCAGAGAUGAGUAAGAAGGCCAAAGACAGGGAUAUGUGUGUUCUGCAAAGUUCUUCACUCUGCCCAGGAGCAUUCCUGUGUAUGUUUAAUUGUUUUCUUUUGUUGCUGCUCCAGAAGGAGGCUUUUGGCUGUCCAUCUGCUUGUCAGCUCUGCACAGGGAGACAAGUUAGCUGCCGUAAUGCAGGGCUUUCGAGCAUCCCUUGGAACCUUCCAAAAACAGCAAUUCUUGUUUACCUCAGUGGAAAUAAUAUAUCACAUGUCACUCCAAAUGAUCUAAGAGGCCUUCAGAAGCUUGCUGCACUCUACAUGGAUAACUCAAGUGUUUUGUAUGUACACCCAAAAGCUUUUGUGGAAGUCCCCAGACUCAGCUACUUGCAUCUAAAUAGCAAUAAUAUUAAACGCCUGGAUCCAGGAAUCUUUGAAGGCCUUUCCAAUCUUCAUUGUUUAUACCUUCAGAACAAUCAAAUAGCUUUUCUUCCCAGAGGAUUAUUUAGUGAUCUUCUUUCUGUUAGAUAUUUAACACUUCAAAGAAAUCGUCUCAGUGUCCUUGGAAGUGGGACAUUCUGGGGCAUGAUAAGUCUCCAGACACUAAACCUAGCGAAUAAUAAGAUUUCACGGAUAUCAGAUUCAGCAUUUCAUCAUCUUGAAAAUCUUGCAUAUUUGUUUCUUGAAGGUAACAACUUAACACUAGUGCCGUCAAAUGCUAUUGGAAGGCUCAAAAAUCUUGAAAGACUUUCUUUGUCUCACAAUCCCAUUGGAUCAAUUCAGCCUUUUGCAUUUAAGGGACUUAACAAGCUUAGAUAUCUGUCUUUGAAAAAUGUCAAGCUAAAAUGUGUUGCUGUAAAUGGAUUUUUUGGAUUAAACAACCUUAGUCAGCUAAUCUUAAGUUAUAAUGAUUUAGAAAAUAUAAAUUCCAGCACUUUUACUUUAUUGAACAAUUUAAUGUAUCUACAGCUAGACAGAAAUAAAAUAGCCAGUAUUGGUGAUGGUACCUUUGAAAAAAUGGGGCAGUCACUUAAAGUACUCAGUUUAGCAUUUAAUAAUAUCUCAGAGUUGCACCCUGAAGUGCUCAAUCCAUUAGUAUCUUUAACCCAUCUUCAGGUACAUUCUAAUCCUUGGAACUGCAGCUGCAAAAUGCUUGCAUUACUUAAUUGGCUGGCAUCAUCUUCUGUUUCUGCAAAAAUGCACUGUCAGGAUCCCCAGAGUGUGCGUGGUAGAGCUGUGCAAUAUGUGGAGUUUCCAGGCUGCGUUGGCCCCGCUGCCGGCGCGGGCUCUGCCCCGGGUCUGGGAUCCACUGCUGCCACUCUGCAGGUGGCCUGGCACAAAGGGGGCAGCCACGGCACACUGCAGCAGCUUGUCACUGCAGAACCUGAGUAUUUCGCUUUCUGGGAAGGAACUACAGCUGCAUCUUCUACCCCACUGCCUCAUGAGGAAUACGCUGUUGAAAUGCCAUCACAGGCAGCUACAGUGUUACCAACGUUACCAGUGCAAACACCAGCAGAAACUGUACCUACUAAUACAAAUGUAGAAGAAGAACGGUUGUUCACAACAGAUCCUGCUCCUGUGUCAUUAAAAACAGCCUUGAUUUGUACACAACAGGUUGAAAAGCUGAAUCAAGCUUUUGACAUUUUACUAGCCUUUUUCAUUCUGGCUUGUGCUAUUAUCCUGUUCUUAACCUGUAAAAUUAUUCAGUUUAGGCAGAAACUAAAGGUGCUGGAAAACUCAGGGGAAAAGAGUAUAGAAUAUUAUGGCUUUUAUCAGCCUAGCAGAUACAACAUAACUGACUCAGUGCAGUCUCUAACUCGGAAAUCAGUGGAACAUUCAGAACUGGACCAAAUAAGGCUGCUCAAGCGAACAGCAUCAGAAAGUCAGGCACAGGUCAUCUUGUUUGAACAUUCAUCAUUGUAAUUUAUCUCAUUUGAUUUGAUGUUAACUGUGAAAUGAAAGGGCAAGAAAUCAAGAAUUCAAUUCUGUAGAAAUAUCUCCACCAGUUGAAAUAAAUUGCUUAAUACAGCUGUGGAAAACAGCACAAUUUGGGUUCUGCAUCACCAUUUGCUUACUGAAUGUUUUGAAAUUAUUUCAUUAUAUGUCAUUACAAUCUAACAUGAAUAGGUUUAUUAGCCUCAGUCCCUGUUUGUAGUAAUUGUUCACCUAUGCUCAAGUAUACAUGCAGUAUAAAGUACACUUUAAUUUAUUUUGCACUACUUAAUGAUCUGAGUUCCUAUGGAAAUUCCAUGGCUAUUGUGAAGCAAGCAAAACAUCAGUUCUUAGUAGGAUCAUGAAGCCAAAUAAUCUUGGGGAUCAGAAAACAGUGUUUUGUGUGUUAAUUGUAAUGGAGUUUCUACUCUUCCUCUAUUAAAUAAAACACAGUAGAAAAAGCACAUUUACAACUAGCAUGUUCAAACUCUCAAGUAAGAGAAGAAUUUUAAACUAUACAAGUUCUAUUCAUAUCUAUAGCAUAUUGUAAUAUACAAAGUUGUGUGUUCAGUCUGUAUAAUGAAUAUAUUAAAGUGAUUUUUUAAUUA